AUGGGCCAGCUGUGUGAUUUCUGCCGUGAGCAGAGAUCCAUCGUCUACUGCACGUCCGAUGCCGCUUGCCUGUGUUUAUCCUGUGAUAGAACCGUACACUCUGCGAAUGCUCUCUCGAAACGCCACUCGAGGACCCUCGUGUGUGGGAAAUGCCAAUCUCUGCCCGCUAUUACCCGAUGCAUGGAUGAAAACAUCUCACUUUGCCAAAACUGCUAUUGGUCUGGGCAUGGGGUCUCUGGUUCUCAACACAAGACACGAACGAUCGGUUCAUACUCCGGUUGUCCCACUGUGAAUGAAUUUUCAAGCAUUUGGUCCUUUUUUACGGUGGACAAGUCGGGUUGGGAUGUGGAAGAAGGAGAAGAAAGGGCCCAUGAAUGUCAACUGGUGUGGAAUGAUUUCAGCGUGGAGGAUAAUGCUGGUAUGGACGUGUUAGCUCCCAAUGUCGAGCGAUUUCGUGAAAAUGGAUCAUUAAAUUUUCCUGGUCAAAAGGCAUGUUCGUCGAGAACAAAACAUUAUGGAACCCCUCAUGAUACUCUCUACCAGGAACUCAAUAUCUCUGAUACGGACUUGAGUUUCGAAAACUAUGAUGCACUUUUUGAUGAUGCAGAAGAAUUUUUCAAGAAUGGUGGGAUGGAUAGCUUGUUUGAAACUGAAAAUUUUCACGGCACUGAUUGCAAAUCUGAGUGUGUACAAGUGGAGACGUCCGCAAGUACAAAGAGUGAAACGGUGCAGCCGGCCUACAGCAAUCAAGUAUCUGUUGACUCCAUUACAAGCUGUAAAUCUGAUGAUCAAAACAUUUGCUUUCAUGGGCCCACCCAAUCACUUUCAUUUUCGGGCUGGAAUGGAGAAGAUGACACUUUAGAUAAGCCCAGGCGUGGAGAUCUUGUAAUGGAGGAACAUCUGUGCAAUGUACCUUGUUUCGACUAUCCGUUGUCAUCGGCUAUCAGGGAUGUAGCGGUUUUGCGGUACAAAGAGAAAAGAAAAACACGCAAGUUCGAUAAGAAGAUAAGAUAUGCUUCACGGAAAGUGAGGGCUGACGUUAGGAAGCGCGUCAAGGGACGUUUUGUGAAAGCUGGCGAGCCUUAUGACUAUGACCCACUCGACUUGAUAAGAAGCCAUUGA